AUGACGGAUCCAGCGUUGGAAAUCGCCGAGACCAUCCAGACCGCUUCGGUGGUGGAGCACCCAUCUGCGGCCCAUGAUCUAAACCCUUCCACCGCGGCUUCGGAAAAGAAGCCUGUGGUCGCAGCUCCGGCCUCCGAUGCUGGCAGCUUAGCAUCAGAUAUUGUCGACCCUAGUCGAAUGUUCCGACCCCUGCGCCGUCGUCCGACAUUGCCUCCCCUGCCAGACUUGCGAUUCGAACAAAGCUAUUUAGCAAGUAUCAAAGACGCCGACACGUGGGGACGGGUAACAUGGAUCACAGUCAGAGAUCAGGUGCUUCUCCCUCUUAUCCAAGGCACCCUGUGGACGCUCGCUCUGUCUGGCUGGCGCUUCUGGAAUCGCAAUGCCUCUCUCAGCGGAAAAACACUGGGGAGCAGGAUUCGUCGAUGGUGGUAUGAAGUAAACAAUUGGAAAGUGCCGCCAGUCGGUUGGACGAAAGAUCCCAAACUGGCCUCACAAGUUGGAGAUGAGUUUCUUCAGUUCUAUGCUGCCGAAUUUUCCAAUGCUGGUUCCGAUUGA